AAAAGAAAAGCUCAGGAAGCUUUCCCUGCUGCGACCACACAGCCUCGCCUGAGUGCAUUCGCUGCAGCUAAAGCCAAGGCAGCAGCAAGCCAAAUACCUUCUGAUGAUGUAUCAGAGGCGAGCGUGAUUGCUGCUGCAAACGUUACCGGAGUCCCUCGUACCAAUGGCGGCGCUGAUGCUGAAAACCCACAGCUUUCCACCUUGUUGUCGAGUUUUCCCUUGACAAAGGCUCAAGAGCUUGACAGCCAGGCGUCUAGCGACGAUGAACGAGAUGAUACCGACUGUGACGGCAAUUAUUCUCGUCCCUACAAUGGAAACGCAUACAAAACCGACCAACCAUGCAAGCUCUCGAAUCUACCACCGGACUCACAAUGUAUCAUUUCAGACACGUCCGAGAUGCUCAGCCUAAGACUGGGAGACGGAGAGACUGCUACUUUUGUUGGAGAGUACGACUUGCGCGUCAAGUCUGGAUAUGUCAUGAUUUACGGCGCUGUACUGAGGUCUGGUCCGACGAAACACCGUGUAUAUGCACCGACCACACAUGCAUUGCCGGUCAUCAUCGCAAGGGGCGGUCCUGCUGAAGUUGAUAUUAUCUCGGUGAUCCGCUCGCUAGGCCUCUUGAGCAAGGUUUCUCCUCUGUGGACGAAGCUUUGGCAUGCCCAGACUCCGAAGGACACACAUCAGGUAGAGCCAGAGUCAAGGUCUUUUGCGCUGCUUCGAAGCUCUUCUGACGACCCCCUGAAACGUGCCGUCACGACUCUCGAGGUUGAGCAAGAUUGUCAAAUCACUCUGAACAGGGUCUUGAGCAGAGAAACUGCAACACAUCCCAGCUCAGUAAUCAUGGUCUCUGGUCCCAAAGGCUCCGGCAAGUCGACCAUAUGCAAAUGGAUCAUCAAUACUUUCUUGACUGCUUCGAAGGCGACAGCAUCCACAUCAUGCUUUUGGCUGGAUCUCGAUCCCGGACAGCCUGAAUACUCGGCGCCUGGUCAGAUGUCUCUGGUUCAGAUUCGAUCGCCUGUUCUUGGACCAAACUACACACAUCCAUCUGGUCAUGUCAGUUCGGCUCACAGAACAAUCAGAUCACAUACAAUUGCUGCCAACUCGCCUAGGGACGACGUUGUUCACUUCCUGGCUUGCGCAAUGGAUCUGCGUGAUGAGUACUUCCGUGCUUUGGAGGAUUUCGCUGGAGCACCUUUGAUUCUCAACUGCUCUGGCUGGGUGCUUGGAUCUGCAGUCUCUGCCAUGAUGGAACUGGUCCAGCAAUUCCCUUUGACAGAUGUCGUGCUUAUGGAGCCCAUGGAGAGAGAUACCGUUGCAUCCAUCGAAGCCACACUACCAAUGGCCAAGGUCCUGAUGAUCCCACCCCGAUACAAGCCCGCUCAAUCUCGUACAAGUGCCGAGCUGCGCGCCAUGCAAGCAAUGUCGUACUUCCACUCUCUACCCCCAAGCAAAGGACUAUCCCAAUGGACAAACGACACACUCUCCCAAAUCCACCCUUGGCACGUCAAAUACAACGGCCCCAACGCUGGUAUCUCAUCGAUAAUGUCCUACGGCGAAGCAGUAAACCCAGACUUUUUGGCAUCAAUUAUUGACGGCAUGAUGGUUGCCAUCUGCGAAGUCGAGUCUGAUGAAGCGUAUGCUACAGUCCAAUACAGACCUCCUCACGUCCCCUCCGCCUCAGCAGCGGAAAUGGGCGAAACGAUGACAGAACGAAUCGGCAGAACACCUGAAGGCCUACCCUAUCUCCGCGCCGACAACAGUGGACUAAUCCAACCCCUCGACCCACGCUUUUCAUGCUGCAAAGGAUUGGCCAUCGUCCGCGGCAUCAACGUCGCAAAACAGGAAUUACAACUCAUCACACCCAUGUCGGUGAAACAGAUUAAAGCUCUGCAGGGUAGUAAGACAGUAUUGGUUAGAGGCAAAUUCGACUCGCCUUCUUGGUUGUUCCUGGAGGAUACGUAUAGUGGAGAGGCGCAGAGAGUCAAGAGGCAGGAAGUGUUUAGUGUAUUGAAGGAUAAGACCAGUAGACCGUAUGUCGCUCAGAGGGAUGCGAACGAGACGGGAUUGGGACUGGGAGAAAAGGAAUGGAGGGUCAGACACUUGCCCAGAAAUUUUGGAGCUAGGAAUGCGUGA